UUGAUAAACCCUCUCAUUGGUCAUCGCUCGGUCAAAGCCACAUGCAAAGCUGUCUGCUAUUUAAACUUCUCCACUUGCCCCAGUAGUUCCAUUCACGAUCAUCCACUGCGGGCGCGCGUACCAACACACAAUCUCGGCACAGUCCAAGUGAAAGAUUACAGGGAAAUUCCACGAAUCUACAAAAAUGUUGCGAAUUAUUUUGGCUCUCGCCUUACUGGCGGCUGCAGCGAACGCCACGAAUGUAAAGCAAUGCAAGGAUAAACCAUUUCCCUUGCAAGUCAAAGUGCACGGCUGCGAUGAGCCACCGUGCGUCGUGUACAAAGGCAGCUCAGCCAUCAUGGAAGUGCAGUUUCUGGGCAAUAACAACAACAUCCAACACAUAACCGCCAAGACCACAGCCAAGGUUUUGGGCAUGAAUCUGCCCUACGAGCUGCCCGAUGAGGUGUCCAAUGUGUGCCGUAAUCUGAUGUACGGCGCCAUGUGUCCCAUUGACAGGGGCGAGGAUGUCACCUACCAGUUCAACUUCUAUGUGGAUCCCAGUUUCCCGGAGAUCACCGCAGAUGUUACAGUUACCCUCGACGAUGCACAGGGCGAGGCCAUCACUUGCUUCAUUUGCAGCUGCAAGAUCCGCAAGGGUUCGUCGGAGGCCAGGCAGGAAUACCUCCUGGACUGGCGCGACAACCAAACCGAACAGAAGGCAUUCGACACACGGCUGUAGUACGCGACGCCACUCGUGUGGACUGACUGAAUAGCACAAAACUUUACCACUGACCAAUAAAGGCAAAAACCAUUCCCAAAAAGA